AUGUCAUACGACGACUGCCGCUCAGAAAAACCCUCGUCCAAGCCUGCCCAGAACCAUGAUGGGACUCUUCUACGACGCCUGUUCCAGUUAAUCGUCAAAUUUUUACCCGAAGGAUCCGCAUUGCUUUCCUCUUCGUGUUGUUGGCUGCCGACUGUCCUGGAUUUCCUCUUCGCGGGUUCGGUGGCCGCUGCUAGCGUCGAGAAACUGCGAAAUGCUUUUCUGGCGAUUUCUAUCCUAACUCUUGUCUGCGGUGUGCGGCGCGAGGGGCUCAGUCGUAGAAUGGCGUGGCGGAUCUCGAUCUGUUUUGGAUUGUUGGCUUGGGCGCAAGUGAAUCGGUGGGGGAAGCUCGGUAGCAAUGGACAGCACAGCUGCCAUUGA